AUGGAGGAGAGUGAGAGGAAAGCAAAGAGUUACAACACAGCGGGAGGUAGGAGCGUGGGGUCGGCAGGACGUCCUGGAGGCACUGAUCAUGUGGCAGAGGAUUCCCUUGACCCUGGGAGGCAGCUGCAAUGGCGACGCACAGCCCUCACUCGCCUCAAGCAGCACCGCGCAGGGGAGGCAUCCAGGAGCUGCCAGCUGGCAACCUACAAGAAGGAGCAUGCCAUAACCCAGGAUGAGAAAAAGGAAGGGGAGGACACUGGAGAGGGAGACAAAGCUGAGGACGAUAAAGAUGCAGAUCUGGAGGAGGAGGUUGUGGUGCCUCCAAUGACUGCCACCGUGGAGGAAGUGGAGACACACCUGUGGGCACUGCUAGGAAAGGUGGAAGAAGAGUCUCAGAAGACCAGGGAGAUGGUGAGGCAAGCUGCAGUAGCUCAAGAAAAUCUACUUGAAAAGGUCAAUCAGCACCAGAAAGAAUGGGGCCACUCCCCUCUCACCCUGCCACACCUGCCUCACCACAUCCACACUCAGGUAACAGAUGAUUUGGUUAAUGAAUUCUACUGCGACCUUUUGGACUUGGAGGAGUCUGGGGAGGUAGGCAGUGUGGAGGAGUCUCACAGGAGGGACACAGGGCGCAGAAGCAGCAGCCAGAGGGCUUCAAGUUCACCAAGAAGGCAUGGAGGAAGUGACAAGUUCUCCCCUCCCAACACGGCCAAGGACUAUCACAAACACAAGCGGCAUGAAGGGAAGAAGGAGGGUGAUGGGACAGCUGCAGUGCCUCCCCUGAGCCUGGCUGGUUCACCCCGCCAAAGUAGAGCUAAGGGCCGCACCUCAAAGACCACCACCGCUACUCGUAACCCUCGUACCUCCAGGGGUGCAACCAUCACCUCCACCCCCAGUGCUUCAGCCAGGACACCUAAAACCAAAACACAGCGCAGUGGGCGUGGCCGCCGCAGCGUCAGGGACAACACCCCUCGCCAACCUCCAGCACCCCGCCCUCACCUCACUCUGGAUCAAGUGCAGCAAAUCCAGUGCUCCAGAACACACCUGCUCACAUCCCUCAGCCAGGUUUCAGAGCCCCUGCAGCAGGAGGCACAAGAGGUGGAGGCAAUGUUAGAGGAGUGCCACGGCCGGGUGGUGGAGGAGCAGGGCCGCCUGGCAUGGGCAGUGCUGAGGAUAGGCCAGCUGGUGCAGGCCAUGGGGAUCAUGGUCAGGUAUAGAGACACAGAAAAGAGACUGCGCCUUGCUCUCAGAGAGAAAAUCAAGGAGCAACAGGCCAUAAAAGAAAAGGUAUUGGGGCUCAGACAAAGGAUCACUGAAUAUGAGGAGGAGCUGCAGUGCCUUGCUGAGCUGGAGGAGGAGGUGGACAGAGCCUUCACUCACUUGGUCACUGACAAUGCUCAGUUUGAAGUACAGCUCACUCGUUACUAUGAGUCUCGUGCUGUUGCUGGAGUGCCUAACCAUCGUCCGCAGUCAGCCUCCAGCAGUAGCAGAAACAGCAGUGACAGUGAUGGGGGUGACGGCAGGGGUGAGGACGAGGGUCAGGGUGGCGGUGGCAGCAGUGACAGCGGGGACAGUGACUCAGGCCUAGGGACUGAUGAGGCAAGGACAGAUGGAAUUGGAGGUGGGGCGGAGGGGGGAAGGGGUGUGGGUACCCUGCGCCCCCCUGGCUGUGAUCCGGCUGUCUUCUCCCUUGUUACUGUGCUAAGGGAACUGCGGUGGCGGGUGGGUGGGGCAGCAGAGCGAGGGCGCCGGGAGAAGGCAGUGGAGGAAAGGCGUCAUGCAGCUGUCAUGAGGCGUCUACACCGAGCUGCACACGCCUCCCACACUGCUCUUGCUUCUCUCAACACCCUCCAAAGUGAGCGUGAGGAACAGCUGGGUGCCAUUUCUUGUGUGGUGUGGCUGAGGCAGAGUCAAACAGCAGGUGACAUCACUCCCCUCACUCGCCUGCCUGUCCCCAAUAUAGACCUGGACAGCAUGAUGGCUGUCAAAUGGUUUGGUAACCAGCUGGACAAUAGUGGUGGGGCUACAGCAGCCACCACCACACCCGGUGAUGGCACACUGCUCACCAAGAAGUACCUUGACCAGGUUAAUGAAAAGGUGGCUCAGGCUAAGGUGGCCCAAGAGCUGGCAGCACAGAGGCACAGGGAGGGCCGGGCGGAGCGCCGGGCCCUGGCCCAGCAAGUGGAGCAGCUGCGUGGAGAGCUUACUCAUCUCAAGAACUCUUAUCAGGUGACAAAGGAGUGCAAGCUAGGCAGCAGGACAGAGGUGGACUUAGUGGAGGUUGAGAACAAGCUGGAUGCCAGCCUGGACCUUCGGUGGCCCAGCAAAGUGGCAAGCCAAGUGGCCCGCCAUGACACUACCAUGACACAGUUCCAGGCUGACAUGGCCAGCCGAACACGAGAGUUGCGAGCGUUGCAGAAGGAGGAGGCGGCACUGGCGGCACACAUCCUGGCACUCCGGCAGGAGAGGGACCACCUGCACUACCACCUCAAGCAGACCACAGCACAGAAACGCAGUGUCUCGAAGCUUGUGAGGGGUGUGGGUAAAGCAGAGGAAGUUCGACAGUUGAGGACCACUGUAGCACGCCAGGAUGAAACCAUUGCAGCACUCAGACUUGAGAUCAGCUCCCUCCGUGAUAAAACAGGAACAGUGACUCUGCCUGGACUGCCUCCAUUGCCUAAACCCACUCCAUCCCCUUCUCCACCUGCCCACUCAACCUCCACCUGGACCGAGGAACACCACUCUACAAGAACUACAGUUGGGGACAGAGACUCCCUUCCUCACACCUUCAGGCAGGAUGAACGCUCUGACAGGGAGAGCAGCGAGGGGACCACGCCAGCAGCGGCAGCAGGGGGUAGCAGUGAUGAGAAUGCUGAUGUCUCGUCAUCUUCAUCUGACUCCUGAACUGCAAUGCUGGUGUAUCACUGUUGCUGACCACACUCUCUGGUAAAUUUUGAAGGUAUAUGGACAACAUUUAGUAACAAAUGAUGGGACUGAAAUACACUUAAUGGAAUAUCAGGCAUUUUGUAGCUAAUUGCUUACAUUCACAACCAUCCAAAAAAGUUAAAGUAAAAUUUUUAUGCUGCAUUCUGUCCUGGUCCUACACCAAGACAUGAAGUUCUUUCCAUUCAUUUUGAUAUGUUCAGUGUCAUUUCAUAAGAUUGGAAUUAUUAAACUGGUCAACAAAACUUAAAAAGUUGCUCAAAUGUCCUAACACAUUUCUUCCAUUCUCAUCAGUAUAGUUUUUUUCACAAACUCUCAGUGAUGUUAGUGAUGAACAUGUCAUCAUUGAGACUCGAUAUCUAGGCCGAUCUAAUCUUAAUACAAUGGGUAGCUACAUUUGGACUUUAUGUACUGCCUAAAAGUGACAAUUAUUCAUACAAACGAAAAAGUAAACUUCAGAAGCACUUGUAAUGUCCAUUGUUCUGGUAACUGUGAUUUGUUUUUCUCUGAUUUUUCUUUAGUAUA